AUGGAAGCAACCAACCGAUCACUCCCUACGCAUCCCUGCCGCCUAUUUUCUUUGACAUCGCCACGGCAAAGGCAGCGCAGGAGCGUUAACUUAACGGUGGCAGCAAGAGGAGGUGCAGACGGACGAGAUUACUGGGGCAGGCUGGUGGAUGAGAACAUGAUUGUGCUCCGGUGCCGGAUUAGGGAGAUGAAGAUCGUUGAGAUGAAUCAUGACUUACCUUCGAAUUGGAUGGGGUGGGAGAAACAAUACUUUUUUCGUUACAACGAGGAUGUUUGUGAAGCAUUAGGGUUGUUGCAAAAUUUUUUGAUGAGCACUAGGCCAAGUUUGGCUUUUGGGUUGAUCGCACUUGUUAUAUUGAGUGUGCUCAUAUCUUCUGGGGUUGCCUUGUCUCAUGCAAUAGAGAUUGCUAAGAGAAUCCUUUCUGGGUUCUCCUCUAAUUAA